AUAUAAGUCAAUAAGAUUCUCAAUCAAAAAUUAAACAUGGAGAAAAUCCGGCAUACAAAUAUCGACGCUAACGGCGUUAACAUCCACGUUGCCGAGAUCGGCGACGGUCCCGCCGUCCUUCUCCUCCACGGCUUCCCGGAGCUCUGGUACUCCUGGCGCCACCAGAUGCUCUUCCUCUCCUCCAGGGGCUACCGCGCUAUCGCUCCCGACCUCCGUGGCUUCGGCGACUCCGACGCGCCUCCCUCCCCCUCCAGCUACACUGUUUUCCACAUAAUCGGCGAUUUGGUCGCCGUUUUGGACUCCCUAGGACUCGACAAAGUUUUUCUCGUCGGUCACGAUUGGGGAGCGAUUAUGGCUUGGCAUUUCUGCUUGCUCCGCCCCGAUAGAAUUAGGGCUUUGGUCAAUACCAGCGUUGUUUUCCAGCCGAGGAAUCCGCGGAGGAAGCCUCUAGAAACUAUGAGGGCUCUUCUCGGCGACGAUUACUACAUCUGCAGAUUUCAGGAACCUGGAGAGGCCGAGGAAGAGUUUUCUCGCCAUGACACGGGAAGAUUGAUCAAGAAAUUUUUAAUAUCAAGGAAUCCGGCUCCUCUUCUCGUUCCUAAAACAGUUGGCUUUGGGGGCUCGCCUGAUAAACCAAUCACAAUGCCAUCUUGGUUGUCAGAAGAGGAUGUCUCGUACUAUGCUAGCAAAUACGACCAGAGAGGCUUCACGGGUGGAUUGAACUACUAUCGAGCUAUGGACCUGAAUUGGGAGGUCACAGCUCCAUGGACAGGAGUGCAGAUAAAAGUGCCGGUAAAGUUCAUUGUUGGAGAUCUCGACCUAACUUAUAAUACCCUAGGUGUGAAGGAAUAUAUACACAACGGAGGCUUCAAGAAACACGUUCCUUAUUUACAAGAACUAGUCAUCAUGGAAGGAGUGGCUCACUUUCUUAACGAAGAGAAACCGGAGGAGAUCAGUCAGCACAUCUACGACUUCAUACAGAGGUUUUGACAUGUUUCCCUAUUUUAGGUAAAUCAGUUUAAAAUGUCUUUUUCAUCCCAGUUAUGGAUCAGAUAUUGUUUGUAUAUUCUUAUAAAGUUGUUCUCAUUGGCGCUGAAGCUCACCGAUAUAGGUCGAAGGUAAGACACUUUUGUGUAGCCUAUUGUUCCAUACAUAUACAUAUACGAGUUUGAUUUGUUAACUACUUAA